GUCUGACACCUCGGUUGAAGGCGGAAAGUUGACAACCUCUCUCUGUCCAUCGUGCGUUUGCCGGGCGAGUGCGGUACUUCCCGUCAUUACUCCGGAGCCAGUGAUCCUUUCGGAACUUUCCAUCCAUCUUCGCUCAACUGCUCAUGGCCAAGAGGUCAUGCGAUUUCUGUGUUCAGCGCAAAACGCGGUGCGAUAAUGGCCGCCCAUGCCGCAAAUGCCUUGACGCACAACCUCCGCUUGAUUGUACUUACUCACGGCCGGUGCUGAAGCGCGGCCCAAAGACUUCAAAGCUCACGCAGCGAUGCAAUUGGAAAUGGAGGGUUGAGGGGCAGAAAUUGCCCCGUAUAGCAAGUAGUUGCCCCAAUUUGGAUUCAGUAGGGAUUGCGGCAGAGGUCUCGGCUUGUGUGAGCAUAGAAAGGCUAGCUCUGUCAAUACUCAAGCCGAUCAUCGAAUGCUACAGUUCUCGGAUGUAUCCGGUCUGGCCAGUCCUCCAUGUCUCAAGUCUUCUGGCUAGACUUGAGGAAGUUGAAAUAAACAAUUCGGCGAGUAUACCGAGUUUGGCGUACAUUGAUGAUGUGUACAUCAUGGCAUUGGCUCUGUGUUCAGCCACUAUGGCUCAGCUGAACCUUAGUGAGAUGGAGGACAUGCCUCCCCAUAUCACUAGUGAAUACUUGGAGAAGGAGUGUAACCGCCUUCGCGCCCUGACGAAUUAUCGGGAGAAUCCAUCCGUGGAGGGGGCUCUCACGUCCUUCUUUCUCCAUGUCUACCACGCAAGAGCUGAUAACAGAAAUGCUUCCAUGAUCUUUCUGCAAGAGAGCAUCUCCAUCGCUCGACUUCUCCGCCUAGAUCGCAUAGAAUCUGAAACCAAUCAGCUUUCAAACGGUUGGACUGAUUACCAAGCCACCGUAACUGCUCAGAAGCGUCUAGUAUAUAUUCUUUUGUGGGUGAGCGAAAGGGGCUACGCUAUUCAACAUGAUCUUCCCAUCUCCAUACUCGAUACAGUUCAGAUACCGUCUGCCAAUCUGGAUGAUUUUGAUAGAUAUGGAAAGGGGCUAAUUGAACUUGCCACGCUGUUUGUGGCCUUUGACGCCUUCUUCUACCGUACCACUAGCUACAUGCAUGAAACCUCUCAGCCUCAUUCUGAAAAGUAUCGCCUGAUAGCAGUUCAACAAUCUUUAAGAAUGAUUGCUCCAAAGCUUUCUGGGCAUGAUUUGGUGCAAAGGGCGGAUUAUACUAUUACAAGGCAUUGGAUGCGAAUUCUGAUUUGGCAGCAAGCCAUGUCUCGGAGUCUCUUAUCUUCCUAUGCUGAUCAUGAUUCAAUGACUUUCUUCUUUCCAUCUCAAAUAGCUCAAGAAUUCCUUGCCUCAAUCACAGUUAAUUACAAGGAACAUUUGAUUUCAUUGGGAAGAGAUCAGCUAAUUAAGUCCUUUGAAAUUACAAACACGUUGGCAGAUGUAAUACUGUGCAUUACAAGCACCUCCAACCAUACGUCUCUGCCUGACACUCACAACUCUCGCUGCAAAUCAUUCAUCACUAUUCAUCGAGAGAGCUGGAAAUGCGGCCCAGUUGACUUCCUGCAUGCUUUGUACCAGAUGAUUUCACCAUUCUUAACAUAUGAUAAGCGAUUAUACGACAUGAUACGAUUAAAGGCGGCAGAUGCAUUAUUACAAGCGUCGAGCAGGAUUGUUCCAAGGAGCGUUGACGGAGUAUCAAAAGACACAGAAGUAGAUGCAGAUCAAGAAGAGGACAGCGAUACAGUUUUGGAGCAACUUCUUGAAUUUGCAGCUGAAGCAGAUACUCGCAAUGCUGAAUUAGAAGACCUUGGCUUGGGGUUAGGUGCACUGAAUGAUGAUAUAGAGGAACUGCUUAUGUUGUAGCGAUACCCUACAAGGGGCUCAUAAGCUUAUAAUCUUUCCAGCAGAUAAUGUUUUAAUCCCAGGUAAAAAGAUUUGUUAUAAAGGCGUUUUAAUGAUAGUUAAAGACAGCCUGAGUGUUUAUGUCCAG